AUGGCUCCGACAAACACCUUCACUAUCACUGCGGACCCAGGCACCGACAUCUGGCGCAAGCCUCCCACGACCGAUGUCUUCAAUGCCCCGAUUGCCCUCCCUCCCGCCGGCGCCACGCCGCUUCGCCACUCGGGCCCGCUGACCUCCUUCCUGUCGGCCCGCCUCUCGCUCAAUUUCACCCCGCAAGAGCAGUACGACCAAGGAGGCAUCCUCCUCAGCUUCCGCCAGCGGCGCAAGGACGACGACGACGACGACAACAACAACAACAACAACAGAGCUUCUUCUUCCACUGCCGCUGCCCCGCCACCAAAGUGGAUCAAGUCCGGCAUCGAGUUCUACAACGGCCGCCCGCGCCUGUCCACCGUCUCCUGCGACAACUGGGCCGACUGGUCCGUCGCCGACCUCUUGCCGGCCGAGGCGUCCGGGCAGAGCCGGUCAGAGACGGGGAUGGGGACGGGUGCCGAGACCGGGUGGACGACCAUUGCUAUCGAGAAGGACAAAGACGGAAACGGAACCGGCGUGUGGGUGUACCGGGUGUUGGAGGACGGGAAUGGGGGAGAGACGAAGGUGCCACUCCGAGAGAUCUGCUGGGUAUUUGGGCAGGAGCGGCUGGAGGACAGGGAGGUGGAGGUGCACGCAAUGGCGGCGAGGCCCGAAAAGAAAGCCAAAGGGGGGUUGACAGUGGAGUUUGGAGACUUGAAGGUGAGGUGGGCUAAGUGA